CAAAGUCCAUAGUUUCUCCUUCACUACAAUGCCGACAAGAUCGAUGGGUGUGGUCUCGCAAGAUUGGGAGCCAGUGGUGCUCCACAAAUCCAAGCCGAAGGCGCAGGACCUGCGGGAUCCCAAGGCGGUGAACAAAGCCCUGCGUUCUGGCGCUCCGGUCCAAACCAUCAAGAAGUUUGACGCCGGUUCGAACAAGAAGGCUGCUGCUCCGGUGGUGAAUGCGAGGAAACUUGAAGAGGAGACUGAACCGGCGGCGUUUGAACGUGUACGGAUGGAGGUGAGACAUGCCAUCCAGAAAGCGCGGCUGGAGAAGAAGAUGAGCCAGGCAGAGCUGGGCAAGCAGAUCAACGAGCGGCCACAGGUGGUGCAGGAGUACGAGAGCGGCAAGGCCGUACCGAACCAGGCAGUGUUGGCGAAGAUGGAAAGGGUGCUUGGGGUGAAGCUUAGAGGAAAUAUCGGGAAGUGAUGAUGAAGACACCGGUCGUUUUGGACACAUUUGUUGUUUUGGGAUGCUGUUUAGUGUCAAGCUGUUGUGUUUUUUUGCUGGAAGAUUUCAAUGGCUGAUAUAUAGAGUAAAUAACUGUUAACAAUUUACAAAUCAAUGUGAAUUUGCUUUGUUUGAA